AUGUUGGUGCGGAGAAUGGCAAGUCUCACUGAUGAUGCCGACUACGAGGCCGGCGAAACGUUUGACAAUGCAGGCGGAGAAUGGCAAGGCUCACUGAUGAUGCCGACUACGAGGCCGGCGAAACGUCUGAGAAUGUAUCAAGUGUACGGUCGGAUGCGGGAAAUCAUGACAACUACUAUUGCAGACGACUUCGGACUCGGUGCGUUCUACAUAGUGUCCCUGAAUACAAGACCAAAUUGCGACAACGAGGUCAACCCACUUUAA